UGGUUGUCGGCCAGGACUGUUGACUGCCAUUUUUUCCUGUCUCGCAAUGAUUUGGCAUCUCAUUCUCGUUCUGCAACACCUCGUAUAUUUGUGCGGCCUCGUAAAUGUGCCCGCAUACCGCAAAAGUAGCGAGCGUUUUUUGCGCUUUCAAGCUGCGAAAUUGUUGCAGGGUACUCACCGCCAUUGGCUCCACUUCCGGCUUCGUGGUCGUGCAGAACAAUAAAACGCAGCACUAGAAGGCGGAUAAAUGAUCUGAUGGCCAAAAUUUGGCACCACUUCCCUCGAACCUAAUCAAGCAGGAGAAUAUUUUUUUGCGUCAUAAUUUCAAAGUUUAGUUUGCCAUCGUCAAUGUGCAUCUAUGGUCCGCGAUAUACAUAUCGAUCAAACACAGUCAUACAGUUUCGCCAACUAAUAAUGAGUUAUCUUCCCGGGGCCUUGUGUCGGACGUAUUAUGCGUGAUUCUAAAACUGCAUCUUUCAUGCUUCCCUCCGAAAAAAGGAUAUUUAUGGUUCACAACACCUUGACGCCCCUAGCUUCUCUAGGAUUUUCAAGUAAUAUGAGAAUCCGCAAUCUAAUACAGUUGGUUGCCGCUUCUGGCUUGGCGUUUUCUGGUUAUGCUCCCCUACCGAUUCCAUGUCCAGAAAAGGAUACGUUUAUUCGUGCCGGGGACUCAAUUUCCGACCAGGAGGCCGCAUGGCUCCAGGCCCGCCACGUCAAAACAGAUGCUGCCAUCGAGGCCUACCUCGAGCGGGUAGGCGUGCCAUACCCCCCGGAAUUGACUCUAGACAGUGAAAAGAGACAUCGCCCCAUCAAAAUAGGGCUUGGGUUCUCGGGUGGCGGCCUUCGUGCUUUGUUUGUUGGCGCAGGCGAAAUGGCUGCCAUUGACAAUCGCACCACAUUAGCCAAUGAAAACGGUCUUGGCGGGAUUUUACAGUCAGCCUCCUACAUAGCCAGUCUUUCCGGAGGAGCAUGGCUUCUUGCAUCGCUCAUACAUCAAGACUGGCCCCCAGUGGAGGAAGUAUUGUUUGAAAACUCAUACAACAUCUGGAAUUACACGGCUUGGAACACUUUUUUCGUCAAGUCAAGGCCCAUGGAGUUGUUGCAUAGUUUGGCGUCCGGCGACUAUGAGGAAGCUCUCACCCAUGUCCCCUGGUGGAACUCGCCGAGGGGAAAAGGACUUAAAACCGACUUGAAGCUUAAAAAGAAUGCUGGGUUCCCCGUGUCUCUGACAGAUGCUUGGGGCAGGCUUAUGGCGCACUCAUUAUUCGAGAAGGAUUCUGACAACUGGCUUGAAUCUGCAACUUGGGCAGGCAUUCGAGAGAUCCCUGCAUUUGCCAACCAGGAUAUGCCGUUCCCAAUUAUCACUGCGUUGGCACGUAGUAAAAACUCCACCAAGUACGACAUAAACUCCCCAGUCAUCGAGUUCAAUCCGUACGAAAUGGGCUCUUUUGGGACCGCAGUCAACACAUUCCAUGACAUAAGGUACUUGGGUACCAAUGUUUCGAACGGUAAACCUCAAGGUGAAUGCUACACAGGUUUUGACAACGUUGCAUUUGUGGUGGGCACAUCCUCGUCUCUAUUCAACCAGUUUCUCAAUACCUUGGUAUGUCCAGGAUGCACACAACUAAACAAAAUUGUCAAAUAUGUCGUGGAGAAAUUUUUGAAAUUUGUUUCCAGACGUCUACUCGACGUGGCCUGGUACCGACCCAGUCCAUUUUAUGCUUCGGAGUAUGCGGCAUCUAGAGACAUCGCCGAAAGCGACACCUUGUAUUUGAUGGACGGAGGCUUGGCGGGCGAAGUGGUGCCUUUAUCCACGUUAGCAGUGAAAGAAAGAGAGCUUGACCUUGUCAUUUCAUUCGAUAACAACGGCCCCGAAUGGCCUGAUGGCAAGUCUUUGGUCAGGACCUAUGAGAUCCAAUCCACUGAAGAGGGAGCCUCCACAGUGUGCCCCUAUGUGCCCGGCCAGUCCUCGUUUUUGUACUUCAACUUGACAACAAAGCCAACAUUUUUUGGGUGCGAUGCUAGCAACUUGACUGCGUUGGUAAAAGACGGCGUUGUACCACCUUUGGUGAUCUAUAUGGCCAACCGCCCAUAUGAAUACUUUUCAAACACUUCCACUUUCAAGUUCACGUACACCGACAAUCAGAAAAAGGGUAUGGUUGCAAACGGCUUCGACAUUGCGUCACGAAAUAACAUGACACAGCUCAGAGGCCACUUUCUGGACGAAACAGACGAAAAAAUCGAAACAGACGCCGAAACAGCAUACCCUUAUACAAGCGGCCUCGAGCCGGACUCAUUGCCUAAUUGGCAAACUUGUGUGGGAUGUGCUAUAGUGCGCCGGGCCGAGGAACGAAGCGGCGUACGCCAGUCCGACCCGUGCAAGAAGUGCUUUCAACACUAUUGUUGGGAUGGAAGAGUUUAUGAAGAUGCUGCCUAUAGACCGCCUGUAAAUUUCACUGAUGAUGGGUAUACGAACGAGCCAAUGGUGCUUGAUAAACACAAUGUGUAUGUUCACCAAGAAAGCCCAACAAAUGCACUUACAAACAAGCUUUUUCCUUGGCUUUCAAAGAACAUACCUUGGUGGCCAUUUUGAGAAAUGUACUAACAAAAUCUUGUUCAUAGGGUUAUAACCGCGGCAACUGUCAAAGUAGUCCAAAAACCCACAAGGUGCAUGCGGUAGUCGUCGUGAAGAGAGCUUUCGCCGGCGAGACAAACCGCAUUGCCGAGUUUUAAAGCAGUA